AUUAGGGUUACAAGCCCUUUAAAUAGAGAAAACAAAUCCUAAUCAGAAUAGGAAAUUAACACCCUAAGGCCUAAACCUAAUAACCACGAAUUGGGCUUCAAAUAAGCAAAUGUUCAGCCCAAAAAUAAUCCAAAAAACGUGACAAUCACUAAAAAUAACCUAAAAUAACACGAAAUAUCAGUUUGCUACAAGUUGCGGCAGAAUUGUGCGAUUUUGACGCAAACUGUGUAAUUCCAUGCAAAUGACCUCAACUAAGUUUCUCUUGAACCUGAAUGAUGUUUACCAUGCCUUGAUAAUCAUCCAAGCUUUGAUUUGAUUGUUGUAUGUUGUUUUCAACCCAGAUCUGCUCAAUAAGGCCAUUUAAAGCUUCACGCAUCUUCUUAGCCCUAGCUCGCGUGACUGGACCUCCUUGGCUGUGUAACGGAUCACAUGACGUAGUAGAUAUGUUGUUGUCUUGAUUCCCAUCUCCCGACAAACCCCCCAAAGCCACCGACUUCCUCUUCCUUUGAAAACUGAAAAAGGGGCUUGAAAUUCUCCUUCUUUCUUGUUCAAUCACAAGAUUUGGGGCUUAGAAUCUUCUCCCUCAACCCAGAAAAUCCCGGUCUUGCUCUGCUCUUCUCCCUUGUUCGCCGGCUGCUAUGUGGGUGUGAAAGUUUGGGCCUUUUUCUGGUAAGAUCUAGCCAUGAAUCCCUCUCUUUCACCUUGAUUUAGGUUGGGUUUACUUUAAUUGCUCUUGUUCCUCCAAUUUUUGGGUAGUUCCGUGAGCUUCCCCUGCAGGUCCUGCCGGCCUUCCUCAAUCUGCUAGCUUCGGUUUCUUGCUUGUAAAUUCUGGUAUGUGGCAGCCUUAAACCAUUGUUUUUAAGCUUGAUUAAGGUAGAAUUAGCUUGAUUAAUUGGCUGCCCCUGUGAUGUCCGAAUUUGGCUGAAAUUGGGGAGGAAUUCUGGUAGCUUUAGGAUGAAAUUAAGUAUUGAUUUAAGUUGAAUUUAGGUAAUUGAGUGUUAAUUGACUGUUGUGUGAUUUUUGGAAAGAAAACCCCGUGAUUAGCUAGUGUUUUGGCUAAUGUUUGGAAGUGGCAGUACUGUUCACGUCGUGGUACUGUUCACCGAACACUGUUCACGGCACUGUUCACAUAACACUGUUCACACACCGAGGGUCAACGAUUAACGGGGAUUUAAAUGAUUAGUUUGUGAUAUAAGAAUAAAUGUGGAGAUUGAUAGAAAUAGCACUGUGACUAGGGGUAGUGCUAAAGAUGAUUUCACUGUAAAAUUGUGGUGGUAUGUUUAUUAAUUGUGGAAUAUUGUGAUUAGGUUUGAUCGUUCUGUCACCGUAGCACUUGGGUUAGCCUUCUGUUCUGUGCGAGUGAGGUAAGUAAAUCAUGGUAAAGCCCUUCGAUUUUAAAGCAUGUUUUAAACUGUUUUUGAGAUGGUGGCAAGGUUUAAAGUGAUUUUAAAUUGAUUUUAUCAGCAUCUGAAUGUGAUUAAACUGAAAUGGAAAUUGUGAUGGUUUUUAUGAGAAUUUCACUGUUUUUUUGGAAUUGAGCAUGAUUGGGGUGAAAAUGGGAAUUUCAUUGUUUUUUGGAAUUGAGCAUGAUUGAAAUGAAAAGUGAGAAUUUCAUUGUUUUUCUGGAGUUAUUGCACCGAGCAUGAUUGGUUUGAAAUGAAACUGUUUUCAUUAGUAUUGAGUAGAGCAUGCCUAUUUGGAAUUGACUGAACUGUUUUGAUGAACUGAGAGUUUAUAAAUUCUGAGUUUUCUGAUAAAUCCAUGCCCACAUGGAUUUUUCUGGUUAUUUCUGAAAUUGGGAUUGAUUGUGAAAUUUGGGUUCUCUGUAAACUCUGCAUGGUUUUGUCUCAGAUAUAGUCAUGAUUACUGAUUACUGUGCCCGCUAGUGGGAGGUUUAUAAACGCUAGCACAUGUCUACAUGUUUACUAAUAUGACCGGUCCAUUCUGUAACCCUACCAAUGGGGUUAAACAUUGGUAAUUACUGUCGCCUGCCAGUGGGAGUUGUAAACACUGGCACCAUUACUGACGCCUGCCAGUGGGAGUUGUUAAACACUGGCACUUCUGUGACCUUGCCUAUGGGGUUAAACAUUGGCAACUACUGUGCCCGCCAGUGGGAGGUUUAUAAACGCUGGCCAUGACU